AUGAAUGCUUGUCGUUCUAACUCGAGAGGCCGUAUUGGGAAAAACAAAUAUAUUAUUCUAAACCACUGCGUUAUUAUACCUGAAAAUUUAUUGCGCGAAGCUAGAACUUAUAAAGGGAUUAAGGUCUACAAUACACAAUCGACGAAUUUAUUUCAUACAUAUAGUGAUCAGUUGACUCGUUUUGUGAAUAUCCUAAUAAGGCUUGCUGAAGUAGUUCAACUCAAGCUCGAAGAUAUUCAUGUCUAUUAUUAUGAUGAUUCAAGUAAAGUUGCAUUUAAUAAGGACAAAGCGUUGUAUUUCAAUUUUAAAUCUUACCUCGAAUUGCAUGAUGAUGAGUGUAAAUUUGGAAAUAUAUGUAAUGCCAUGUCCUAUUGGUUCAUAAUGGUUUGUCACGAGCUAGCGCAUAACUUUGCUCUUGAACAUAAUGCCACUCACGAAUAUUAUUUUACAUCGUAUGUAAUGGCUUAUAUGUCAAGCAUUUUUAAUGCUAUUUUCAAUACUAUUAAUAUUAUCUCUUCAAUAAUAAACUUCGUUAACUGA